AUGGAAACCUCAGAAGAAUCAACAGAACCUCCAGUACUUAUCAUGUACACAUAUAUUAUGCAUUUCGUUUGUCUUUGCGUCUACGUUUUGGUAGUGAAAACGCUUUGGUUGAGGAAAAGUCGAGACACCGUCGCGCAAACGUAUUAUCUCUUGUCGACACAUACUUGUCUCAUGAUCGUCGAGACCGUCUUGGUCUAUGGAGAGUUCUCGACACUUCUUCCCCAUUUGGCGAUCAAAAUUAACGGAGUUUUCGCCGCCUGGGGAGUGAAACCGAUAAUUUUGGUGGAAACCGGUCUUUUCGCGCUGCAAACGAUGACAAUCUCCAUCGUUAUGUGCCUUAUUUUUCGCUUUUACUUGAUCAAACGCAGAAGAUUUGGAAGACAUUAUGCUCCGGAGAAACACGUGCAUUUGAUUCAAGUGUUCUUUUAUCUGUUCAGUGUUCCUUUUUACAUUCUCUUCCAUUGGUCAGAAGUAGAGAAAAACGAUAUUCCGCAAGAAGUCCCGUCAACUUUUAUUGGAACAAGACCUUUUUCGCUGCGUUUGCUUACUGGUGGUGCUCGGCGACGUGGCUGCUCUGGAUUGGAGCCUAUUUUAUCUAUAACUUUGUCCCGAGGACAAUUUUCCGGAUCAAUCACAGUUGAUUAUGUCAAGAUCAAAGUCAGAAUCUUCUAUGGUUUGAGCAAGAACCAUCAGCACAGUCAACUCACCAAGGAACUACACAAGAGAGCCGUCUAUUCAUCGAUGUUCAUGGCGCUUCCCAUUUACGCCACUUGCACGACGGUCGCUUUCAUUUGGAUGAGCGUCUAUGUGCUAAACUUGUUCGGACUAGCGUUGGACUUUGAUGGAAUCAACUCUUUCUUCACUCCGUUAAUCUUGGGCAAUUCGUUGCUAGUUUCGGCAAACACCCUCUACACGGCGUAUCGCAGUCAGAUUCUCGAGUUCCUCGGCCGGCCGACCGGCUUUGAGCAUCGGAGAAUGACAGCUGAAUUUUCGAUGGAUCAAUUGAGU